AUGACUGUUUUUAUGAACCUUACUAGUGUGAUUGUACUUCUCAUUUCAACCCUAGUUUGUGAAGCUAGGCUUCUUAAUGAUACAGCUGGAUUUGUUCAAAGCAAUGGCACAGAAUUUGUGCUAAAUGGCUCUCCGUUUCUAUUCAACGGCUUUAACUCUUACUGGAUGAUGAACGUAGCUGCUGAUCCAAACCAAACAUAUAAAGUUUCCAAUGUUUUUCGAGAUGCUUCGGCUGCGGGUCUUACUGUGUGUCGUACAUGGGCAUUUAGUGAUGGUGGAAAUCAAUCUCUACAAAUAUCGCCUGGUCUAUACAAUGAGCCUAUGUUCCAGGCAUUGGAUUUUGUGGUGGCAGAAGCGAAAAAGUAUGGAGUGCGUUUGAUUUUGAGCUUGGUCAACAAUUACAAAGAUUUUGGAGGAAGGCCUCAGUAUGUGCAGUGGGCUAAUAGUUCUGGGGUCCCAGUCAACAACGAUGAUGACUUUUAUAACAAUACUGUUAUAAAGGAUUACUACAAAGCCCAUGUCAAAACGGUGCUGACAAGGAACAACACAAUAACUGGAACAGCUUAUAGAGAUGAACCAACCAUAAUGGCCUGGGAACUAAUUAAUGAACCACGCUGCGAAGUUGAUUACUCUGGCAUGACCAUAAAUGCAUGGGUUCAAGAGAUGGCUCCCUAUGUGAAAUCUAUUGACAAUAAUCACUUAUUGGAGGUUGGAAUGGAAGGAUUCUAUGGAGAUUCCAUUCCAGAAAAGAAGCAAUACAACCCUGGUUUCCAAGUUGGUACAGAUUUUGUUAGCAACAAUCUCAUUGAAGAAAUUGAUUUCACAACAAUCCAUGCAUAUCCUGAUAAUUGGCUAGCUGGACAAAAUGAUACGGUGCAAAUGGCAUUCAUGCAAAGUUGGAUGACAAGUCAUUGGAAUGACUCAAGCACAAUCUUGAAGAAGCCAUUGGUGCUUACUGAAUUCGGGAUGUCGAAUAAAGAUGAUGGGUAUAGUAUCGAUGCGAGAGAUUCAUUUAUGAAUGCUGUGUAUUCAAGCAUCUAUGAUUUGGCACAACAUGGAGGAACAUUUGCUGGGGGAUUGAUUUGGCAACUUUUGGAUGAAGGAAUGGACCCAUACGAUGAUGGAUAUGAGAUUGUUUUGUCUCAAAACUCUUCUACAAACAGUGUUAUAAGCCAACAGUCUUCUAAAAUGAUUGCACUUGAGCAUUCAUUGGGCAUAUGA